CCUGUGCAUGCAUGCACAUCUCCCAAGUCCUAACACGUCCACACACACCACACACACACACAGCACUACGACGAUCGAACAUGGCCGGAGCUCAUCAUAAGGUCGGCGAGCUGUUGCACCACACGCCGCGGAGCUCGACGGCCGCGGUCGACAAGGCAAUGUCCUCGCCCUCCAGUUCAUACGCGCGGCACCACAUCAUCAAGGAGCGCGUGGCGCGGUGGCGGCGCGCGCUCGCCGGGCGGUUCUGGCCGCGUGUCGGCUCGCUGCUCGUCCACGUCGCCUACUUCCUCGGCGUCUCCUGGCUCGGGUACCUCCUCCUCGCGCAGCUCAGGUUCCGCGCCGGCGGCGACGGGACGAAGCGGCCCCGCGGCAUCGACCUGUUCUUCACCGCCGUCUCGGCCGCGACGGUGUCCAGCAUGUCCACCGUCGAGAUGGAGGUGUUCUCCAACGGGCAGCUCCUCGUCCUGACCGUGCUCAUGCUCGUCGGCGGUGAGGUGUUUUUAUCCCUCAUAGGCCUCGCGUCCAAGUGGUCCAAGCUGAGGAAGCAGGCUGCACACAAAUCCCGGCGCGUGGAGAUCCACCACGUCGCCGAGCUUGAGAUGCCGCCAGCCGCCGCCGCUGACAUCGAUAACCCAACGUCUACCGCCGAUGAUGAGACGAGCAAGUCGCUGGAGCACGUACAUGACACGAGGCUGCGGCGCGACGCGGUGCGGUCGCUGUUCUUCGUCGUCCUCGCCAUCCUCCUGGCGGUGCACGUCCUCGGUGCCGGCGCCAUCGUGGCGUACAUCGUGCACGCGUCGCCGGCGGCGAGGCGGACGCUGCGGGACAAGGCUCUGAACGUGUGGACCUUCGCCGUGUUCACGACGGUGUCCACGUUCUCGAGCUGCGGGUACAUGCCGACGAACGAGAACAUGAUCGUCUUCAAGCAGGACACCGGGCUGCAGCUGCUGCUCGUGCCGCAGGCGCUGGUCGGGAACACGCUGUUCCCGCCGCUGCUAGCCGCGUGCGUGCGCACCGCCGCCGCCGCGACCAGGCGCGUGGAGCUCAGGGAGACGGUGAAACAGGGCGGGGAGCUGACAGGGUACUACCACCUGCUCCCGGCGCGGCGGUGCGCGAUGCUGGCGGCGACGGUGGUGGGCUUCCUCGCCGUGCAGGUGGCUAUGCUGUGCGGCAUGGAGUGGGGCGGCGCGCUGCGCGGGAUGAGCCCGUGGGAGAAGGUGUCGAACGCGGUGUUCCUGGCGGUGAACUCCCGGCACACCGGCGAGUCGACCCUCGACCUCUCCACCCUCGCGCCGGCCAUCCUCGUGCUCUUCGUGCUCAUGAUGUAUCUGCCUCCAUACACGACAUGGCUUCCAUUUGGAGAGAGCUCCAGCGUGAAGGACCAUCCCAGGGAGGAGACCCAGGGGGUGAGGCUGCUCAAGAGCACGCUUCUGUCACAACUCUCAUACCUCGCCAUCUUUGUCAUCGCCAUCUGCGUCACCGAGAGGGAAAAGCUCAAGGAGGACCCCCUCAACUUCAACUUGCUCAGCAUCGUCGUCGAAGUCGUCAGCGCUUAUGGAAACGUGGGAUUCUCCAUGGGCUACAGCUGCAGUAGGCAGAUCAGCCCGGACGGGAUGUGCACUGACAGGUGGACCGGCUUUGCUGGGAGGUGGAGCGAUUCCGGCAAACUCAUCCUCAUUCUUGUCAUGCUCUUCGGGAGGAUGAAAAAGUUCAGCAUGAAAGCGGGCAAAUCCUGGAAGCUUAGUUAGAAGAAGCAGCAGCUGAUCAUUUGCAGUUGCAGACACCAGUGGUCAUGGAACGAGCUCCGAGUUAGGCACAAGAUGGGGUUCCCCUCUUCUUUUCACCCCCUCUGUAUCACUGCAAUCUGCAUGUCUGUAUUCUUUUUAGAUGCAGAUUACCUUGCCACCUCACUAGUAAAAAACAGGGCUUUGGUCACAGCUCAAUAUACAGGGCUUUGGUCAGAGCGGCUAAAGGCAUUAGUCCCAGUUCAAAUGA